UCCUUUCUUCUCUCUGAAAUCAAUAAAGAUAUAUUAAAAUAAAUUAAAAUAAAAUAAAAUAAAAUUGCUGGGUUUCAUUUUAGCACUGCCACUUACUGAUUGGAUGACCUCAGGCAAGUUCCCUCAGGUUCCCUGAGCCUCAGGUCCCUUGUCUGUAAAAUGGGCAUAAAUGUAGUACCAGCUUCAUAGGGAAAUUGUGAGGAGUGAAUCAGAUGAGGCUAGUGAAGGGCGUUAUAGCACAAUGCCUGGCAUGCAGUACAAUCCCGUUAAAUGGUGGUGAUCCCAUGACCAUUAUUAUUAGCUUGGACCAGGGAAGGCUGUGUGGAAGCAGCUGUGGAGGAGGAAGAGAUGGCGUGUGACUGUGUGGGUUCACAUGUAUGAAGCAUGAUCUUCACUUGGAGGGAGCAAGGCGCACAUGUGUCCUUAUUUGUGGAAUGCCAUGCUCCUCAGGCUUUUGAUGGCAGACAUGUGGGAAGUGGGCCCUAUCCCCACCCCCACUGCCACUGUCUCUGCUUCUCUUCCCUCUGCUCUAAAAUGAGAAGUACAGUGAGUUCCCCCAAGGGGGCCUCGCCCCUUCCUGUCCCCGCCCUGUCGGCAGCCCUAGGCCAUUGGAGUGGCAGCCCCAGAACCAGGACUGCAGGGGUGGUGAGGAGGCCUGGGCGCUGAGGGCUGAGUUCGAGGCUUAGCCCUAGCGGUCUCCGCUUGCCUGGACUCCCCGGCACCACCUUGUUCCCUGCACCCCCUUCCUCUUGGGGAGACCCCAGGAUGGUGAGGUGGUUUCACCGAGAUCUCAGUGGGCUGGAUGCAGAGACCCUGCUCAAGGGCCGAGGUGUCCAUGGGAGUUUCCUGGCUCGGCCCAGUCGCAAGAACCAGGGCGACUUCUCCCUCUCAGUCAGGGUAGGGGAUCAGGUGACCCAUAUUCGGAUCCAGAACUCAGGGGAUUUCUACGACCUGUAUGGCGGGGAGAAGUUUGCGACACUGACAGAGCUAGUGGAGUACUACACGCAGCAGCACGGGGUACUUCAGGACCGCGAUGGCACCAUCAUCCACCUCAAGUACCCUCUCAACUGCUCUGACCCUACCAGUGAGAGGUGGUACCAUGGCCACAUGUCUGGGGGGCAGGCAGAGACACUGCUGCAAGCCAAGGGUGAGCCCUGGACAUUUCUUGUGCGUGAGAGUCUCAGCCAGCCUGGGGAUUUUGUGCUGUCAGUGCUCAACGACCAGCUCAAAGCUGGCCCAGGCUCUCCACUCAAAGUCACCCAUAUCAAGGUCAUGUGUGAGGGUGGACGCUACACGGUGGGUGGUUCAGAGACCUUUGACAGCCUCACGGACCUGGUGGAGCAUUUCAAGAAGACAGGGAUUGAGGAGGCCUCAGGCGCCUUCGUCUACCUGCGGCAGCCAUACUACGCCACGCGGGUGAAUGCGGCCGACAUUGAGAACCGGGUCUUGGAACUGAACAAGAAGCAGGAGACGGAGAACACAGCCAAGGCCGGCUUCUGGGAGGAGUUUGAGAGUCUGCAGAAGCAGGAGGUGAAGAACCUGCACCAGCGGCUGGAAGGGCAGCGGCCAGAAAACAAGAGCAAGAACCGUUACAAGAACAUUCUCCCAUUUGACCACAGCCGAGUGAUCCUGCAGGGACGUGACAGUAACAUCCCUGGAUCUGACUACAUCAACGCCAACUACAUCAAGAACCAGCUGCUAGGCCCUGACGAGAACUCUAAGACCUACAUCGCCAGCCAGGGCUGCUUGGAUGCCACGGUCAAUGACUUCUGGCAGAUGACAUGGCAGGAGAACACCCGUGUCAUCGUCAUGACCACCCGAGAGGUGGAGAAAGGCCGGAACAAAUGUGUCCCAUAUUGGCCAGAGGUGGGCACUCAGCGCGUGUAUGGACCCUACACUGUAACCAACUGCGGGGAACAUGACACAGCCGAGUACAAACUCCGCACCUUACAGGUCUCCCCACUGGACAAUGGGAACCUGGUGCGGGACAUCUGGCACUACCAGUACCUGAGCUGGCCUGACCAUGGGGUCCCAAGCGAGCCUGGGGGCGUCCUCAGCUUCCUAGACCAGAUCAACCAGCGGCAGGAAAGCCUGCCUCAUGCGGGGCCCAUCAUCGUGCAUUGCAGCGCGGGCAUCGGCCGCACGGGCACCAUCAUUGUCAUCGACAUGCUCAUGGAGAGCAUCGCCACCAAAGGGCUGGACUGUGACAUUGACAUCCAGAAGACGAUCCAGAUGGUGCGGGCACAACGCUCGGGCAUGGUGCAGACGGAGGCGCAGUACAAGUUCAUCUACGUGGCCAUCGCCCAGUUCAUUGAGACCACCAAGAAGAAGCUGGAGGUCAUGCAGUCCCAGAAGGGCCAGGAGUCAGAGUAUGGGAACAUCUCCUACCCCCCAGCCAUGAAGAACACCCAUGCCCAGGCCUUUCGCACCUCCUCCAAACACAAGGAGGAUGUGUACGAGAACCUGCACAGUAAGAACAGGAAGGAGGAGAAGGUGAAGAAGCAGCGGUCGGCAGACAAAGACAAGAGCAAGGGCUCCCUCAAGAAGAAGUGAGCCGGGCACCGUCCUCAGGUGACCAUGCCUCAGCCCUGAUCCCUGUAGAGAAGCCUCCAGGGAACAUCCACAGCCUGAACCCAGGAGCCCAACUCCAUUGUAAUUUAAAUGGUCGAAUGGCCACUUCCCUUUCCCAGACUCUGUAUAUAGCACAGCAAGGCUCCAGGCGGGGCAGACCCUUCUACACUUGUAAAUAAAGCCCCUAGGAUCACUAUG